ACGAAGGCGCUGGCUGACACUUCCCACAACAACAUAUCAGUAAACUGCAUUAGGAAGGUCGAAAGUAGGACAACAACGCAGAAUUUGCACUUAAUGCUCGUCCAAAAGUCUUGUUUUCUCGGUCAUCAUGGCUAUGGUGGGAGUGAGAGCCUCUUACCACAGACUUCUGGGCAGGAUCGAGCAUAUACUGCCGGCUAAAUUGAGACCUAUUUAUAACCACCCUGCAGGUCCAAAGACUGUGUUCUUCUGGGCACCAAUGUUUAAAUGGAGUCUGGUGAUAGCUGGUUUAGCAGACCUGUCACGUCCAGCAGAAAAACUCAGUACCUCGCAGUCUGCUGUAUUGACAGCCACAGGUCUUAUUUGGUCCAGGUAUUCCCUGGUUAUAAUACCCAAGAACUGGAACCUCUUUGCUGUAAACUUCUUUGUUGGAGGUGCAGGAAUUACGCAGCUCUACAGAAUAUGGAAAUAUAACCAAGAACAGAAGGCAAAGGAGAAAGCUGCUGAAGCUUGAUACCAGUGCUGUCUAAAGUGCAUCCGGAGGACUGAAAGGGACUCCCUUCGACUGGUACCCCAAACCCCCCCCCCCCCCCACCCUUAUUUAGUCAUUCAGUACAGCCUCCUCACACUUUCUCCAUGAACAGAAUUCAGACGAUUGUUUCAAAGUGCAGGCUUUUUCAUUGUCCUGUGCCACUAGAAACCAUAACAACAAUUAAAGUUCAGAACGCACAACAUGUUACAUAAACUGUAUUUGUAUGGUUGUACAUUCUUUAAAAUGCUAAUGUUUGGUUUGCAUCUUGAUAAAGGUGCUUUUCCAUGUAACAUACUUGAGUUACCAUAAUACUGCUUGCCAUUAAUUCCUAAGUGAAUUUCUUGACUAAGCCUCUCUUGUGCUGUUAUAUUGUCUCCAAAUAAAUUUUAGAAAGGUCUCUUUCAUUACAUGUAUUUCUUAGGAAAUAUUUAUUAAAUGACUAUCAUGUAUUUUUAUUGUAGUUUGUUUGUUAUUCAAUUCUACAAAGUCAUUUAAUCAGUAAGAUGAAUUUUUUUUUGUAUGUCAGAUCCCCAUACAUCAUGAAAUACAUGCUGAACUGUAUUGAAAUAUUUGAAAUUUUUAAUUCACACCAAAAUAAACUAACAUUAAAGUGUA